AUGUGGUCUGGACUACUAUUGAUGCAGACCGUUCGACCAUUGGACUCUGUAUUAUCACUGAUGGUCCGACAGGGGUGCACCCUUCUGUUUUAUUUAUUAAAGGACCUAGUUGCAGCAUCAUCGUUAGGAGAAUCUACUCGCUAUUUCGCACCAGGAUGGCGAUGCUUCGCGGUUCAUUACAAAGAAUGCGCGGAGUUUUCUCGGCCUAUCCAGAUGGCUAGUGCGGGGCUGAUAAUGACAGCCAGGGGCAGCUUAUUUUUUGUCGACACGUUGCACUAUUCCGCAACAGUGCAUCGAUUCCCCGAGAUAGUCGCGAUAAGGCAAGGGAACGCCGGAAGGGAGGAAGUUGAAGCCAAACCGGAAAAGUCUGCUCUUUGCCUGGCGGGGGCCCACGGCCCACUUCAUUCCUCUUCCACCAUCUUCCCUAUGGAAGAAAACGCGAAGCUUCUGCUCAAUUGCUGCAAUGGAUAG